AUGACCAUAACACUCCACUUCGUGCGCCACGCCCAAGGUUUCCACAACCUCUGCACCGCCAACCACACACUCCCCGACCCCCUCCUCACUCCCCUCGGAAAAGAGCAAUGCGCAACCCUCUCCCAGAACUUCCCCUCCUCCUCCAAAAUAACCCACCUCGUCUGCUCCCCCCUCCGCCGCACCCUCUACACAACCCUCUAUUCCUUCCCCCGCGCCAUCGCCCGCGGAAUCCCCAUCCUCGCACUCCCCGAAAUCCAAGAAACAUCCACUCUUCCCUGCGACACCGGAUCUGCGCCUGCGGCGCUCGCGGAGGAGUUUUCCGGGAGCGUGGAUCUGGGACUUGUGCACGAGGGGUGGAACAGUAAGAGUGGGAGAUGGGCGUCGAAUGCGCAGGCGAUUGAGAAAAGGGCGAGGGAAGCACGGGUUUGGUUGAGGGAGUUGGGGGAAAAGGCCGAGAGGGAGGGGGAAGAGGAUGUGAAUAUUGUGGUGGUGACGCAUGGGGGUUUCUUGCAUUAUUUUACGGAUGAUUGGGAAGAUUCCACCCUUUUCGUCGGAACCGGCUGGUCCAAUACCGAAUUCCGCUCCUAUCAAUUUCGCGCCGCCGAUUCCAGCGAUCCCAAUGCUGCAAUUCAAGAAACGAAAGAAAGUAGAGAGAGAAGGAAAGGAACUGAGAAACCGCUUACGGAUGAUGAACAGAGGAAUUUGAGAGCGGCGGCCGAGAGUGGAUGGCAGCAGGAUGGGUUUCAACAAAAGGUGAAGACUGAGGAUGGGAAGGAAGUUGAGGUUGCUGCUUAG